AUGGAUCUUACAACGCUAUUUUACAAUCUUCGUGAAGAAGUGUCUUGCUCGGUGUGUUCGGACUUAUUUACGGAUCCUAAACAUCUCUCCUGUCUGCACAGUUUCUGCUUGAAGUGUCUGAAUCGAUGGUACGAAACGUGCGGCGGCGGACAGGCCAUUAAAUGCCCGAAGUGCCAAACCCUAAGCAGAGUGCCUGCGAGCGGUGAUCUAAAAGAUCUUCCAACCAGUUUCUAUUUGAACGGCUUGAUCGAUGUUCUUGCCAUCAAAGAAUGCAAAAAUACUCAAGUGACAUGCGGAAAUUGCGAGAAGAAGUUCUCCGAAGCUUCGUAUUGUUUCCAGUGUUGUAUAUUUUAUUGCGAGCAUUGCUUAAUAUGUCAUAAUAGCAUACGGGACAAAAAAGAUCACCGCGUAUUGGCUUUAAAAGAAUUCCAAAGCAAGGACUAUGAGGAUGUAUUGAAGCGACCGGUGUUUUGCUCAAAAGAAGGACACCAGAAAGAAGAACUCAAAUACUACUGCAAAGAAUGCGAAACAGUUCUUUGCCAAACUUGCGUCACUCUGGAUCAUGGAGGUCAUGUUUUGAAAUUAAUCGACGAAGAAGCUAAAAACAAAACACUCGAAAUAAAAUCCAUCCUUCAAACGCAAAGAGAAGGAUUAGAUGCGAAACUGAACGUAAUUGCUCAACUAGACGAGGACUGUGCUAAGCUGAUUCAACAAAGUGAAAUCGCCAGGAGAGAUGUCCAAAGGUUUGCUGAUGGCUUGAUCAAAACAAUUCAAGCAAAAAUGAAAAAUAUUAUUACCGCUGUGGAAAACCAAACGAAGAAGUCACUCGAAAGUUUAGUAGUAAAAAGAAGUGCGAUUCAGCAACAGAUAAAUGCCACCGAAUCAUCACUGAAGGAAGCUAAUAAACUUUUAAAACGAAGUACCACCACGGAAGUUUUUCAUCUUAAAAAAUCAUUACAGGCAACCUUUCAUGGAUUUAAUGAAACCGAGCCUAUUGUUCAUGACCCCAGUAGUCUAAAAGCGUUUGGUUUCGUGAAAAAUCAGAAGAUGCUUGAUGUCGUCAACGGCGAAGAACUUGGUUUCUUGGAAAAAGGUAAUCGAACAAAACCAAGCGAAUCUCUGGCUGAAGGUGAAGGACUGAAAGAAGGAACUGUAACGCGUAAAGCUCAAUUCAAUUUGAUCACAAGGAACGAGGAGAGAAAACAGUGUUAUGAUGAGAACGACCGUGUCACGAUAGAGAUGAAGGACGAACAAGAACGAGAAUGCGUAACGGAAGUGCAAAUAAAUAAUAACGAAAACGGAAUCUACAAAGUCACUUAUUAUCCCAGAGUUCACGGGACAUUGAAAUUAUUAGUUAAGGUAAACGGGGAACAUAUUUCUUGUAGUCCUUUUACUGUGAUUUUAAAACCAUUUCAAGUCAAACCUGUUUUAUCUUUUGGAAAGAAAGGCUCAGGUGAUGGAAUGUUUAUGAAUCCUCUGGGGGUGGUAGUGAGUGAUGGGGACGAAAUAGUAGUAGCUGAUCAAGGCAACCAUCGGGUUCAAGCGUUUGACAGUAAUGGUACUUUCUUAAGAUCCUUUAGUCACUCAGGUAAGAAUGCUGGAGAGUUCAGUUACCCGUAUGGAAUAGCCAUUAAUAAGGACAGGAAUAUUUUUGUAGCAGGCAGUAAUAACCGCAGAAUACAGAUCUUUAGCUGGGAGGGGAGGCACCUGGGUUCAUUUGGCGGCAGAGGAGGAAGCCUUGAUAGUCAGCUCUUUGCUCCUGGGGGUUUAUCCUUAGAUAGUACUGGUAAUGUUAUUGUUGCUGAUAUAGUUGACAAACUGAUUAAGAUUUUUACCCCGGAUGGUAGGUUUGUAAUGAAGAUAGGUGAGCAGGGUUCUUUUAGUUUUCCUGCUCACUCUGUUCAGUGUGGUGAAUAUUUCAUAGUGUCAGACUCCUCUGAACACUGUAUCAAAGUAUUUAACAGGGAGGGGCAUUUUCAGUACAAGUUUGGUAAGCAGGGGNUAUGUGCCGCCCUAAAGUGUUUGAGGCCGUUUCGGCCUUAAAAAGGGUAUAGGACGGGUACAGUAACCCCCCCCCCCCUCCCCUCCCCUAAAACAAAAUAGAGGAGAGAGACGGAGCAACACUGACACAGGCUAACAGAUGUUUCGGUUUUAUCUACGCUGCUCACGCUCUUGAUUUAUAUCCUUCAUAGUCGUGGCUUUGACGCAUUCUUGCUUCCGAAAGGAUGUAAUCUUCACCUUUUUAUUGAUUUUACGUCUGGUGUAAGUUUCAAAAUAAUUUGCAUUUAAAAUAACAAACUAAAGGUGGCGCGAUAAGGACUCCUAGUUACAACAGCGAUCGUGAUUGGCUCGUCGUCUUUUGUUUCCGAGAAAAGCUAAAGAUAGAAAGUCACAACAUUUCAUUGCUGGGUGUGGAGUGCAUCGAAGGUCAUUUUGCCUUUCUUGCUAAAGACAUCAUGGAUCUUACAACGCUAUUUUACAAUCUUCGUGAAGAAGUGUCUUGCUCGGUGUGUUCGGACUUAUUUACGGAUCCUAAACAUCUCUCCUGUCUGCACAGUUUCUGCUUGAAGUGUCUGAAUCGAUGGUACGAAACGUGCGGCGGCGGACAGGCCAUUAAAUGCCCGAAGUGCCAAACCCUAAGCAGAGUGCCUGCGAGCGGUGAUCUAAAAGAUCUUCCAACCAGUUUCUAUUUGAACGGCUUGAUCGAUGUUCUUGCCAUCAAAGAAUGCAAAAAUACUCAAGUGACAUGCGGAAAUUGCGAGAAGAAGUUCUCCGAAGCUUCGUAUUGUUUCCAGUGUUGUAUAUUUUAUUGCGAGCAUUGCUUAAUAUGUCAUAAUAGCAUACGGGACAAAAAAGAUCACCGCGUAUUGGCUUUAAAAGAAUUCCAAAGCAAGGACUAUGAGGAUGUAUUGAAGCGACCGGUGUUUUGCUCAAAAGAAGGACACCAGAAAGAAGAACUCAAAUACUACUGCAAAGAAUGCGAAACAGUUCUUUGCCAAACUUGCGUCACUCUGGAUCAUGGAGGUCAUGUUUUGAAAUUAAUCGACGAAGAAGCUAAAAACAAAACACUCGAAAUAAAAUCCAUCCUUCAAACGCAAAGAGAAGGAUUAGAUGCGAAACUGAACGUAAUUGCUCAACUAGACGAGGACUGUGCUAAGCUGAUUCAACAAAGUGAAAUCGCCAGGAGAGAUGUCCAAUAG